UACGACUAACGUCCCGGAGGCGUUUGCGAUCUCGCCGACAGCAUACCCGAUUCCCGGGGAGGUCGCGAAAACGAAAAAUUUGCAAUUUACGUUAAGAAAAAAAAUUCGCGGCAGUCAAUGCUGUGCAUUAAUUUUGAUACAAGGACUUCAACGUGAAAGCAAUUGCCGAGUACGACGUCCAAUAGGUUCGUAACGUUUUUGAAUUAAAAAUACCCAAGGACGCGUCUUGAAGUUUCAUCCUGGACGCAACGUUGCCACGGUACCGGGUGGCGACCAAACGGGUUUCGGUCGCUUAUACACCCCGCCAUCGUCUGUCCGUCGUUCGUUUCCGCCUGGGCGACUACAACCGUCGCGCAAACCGAGUCGUCAUUCAAACGUCCGCUGCGGCAGAUUGCUUUUCAACGUACUUUCCAUCGGCUGUGAUCGUCCGCGGAGGAAAAGCUGUUCCCGUUCAUCGCCGUACCUCUUCCGUUAUCUCUGAAAUUAUAUCAAUACAUCAGAAUGAAUUUUUUAUCCAUCUGCAAGUGGAUCAUUUUUUCUGCCGUUUAUUGCUAUAGUAAGCCAUGCAUUAGUGAAGUUUUCGACGACCAUACCUACAAAGAAUUGAACAUCACAGAUCCAGACAUUACAGCAGUUCGCAUAACACGCAAACCAUUUGUUAUCUUUGAUGGAUUUUACACGGAACCAUAUACUGACAUUAUUGUUCCAACUGCUAGACCAGUAAGAGAAAAUAAAUUGAAGUCAGCAUUAGAAAAACUAAAUAAUUAUUACAAACAGUACACAGCAAAAAUACAAAAAAAAUAA